UCACUGCCUUGUAAUAGCCAUGCUUGUGCCAUCACUGGCUUGCCUAUGAUGGUAUAUGCUACAUGCCAUGAUUGACCUGUUCUUGUGAUCUCUCUCUUUAUACUACAGCCAUUACUUGAAAAUUAGAUUUUUUUGCCAGAAUUUAUGAGAGCGGAGAAUCGACGUAACUAAGAAAAAUGAUGGAUCUGGAAUGUGAGGAACUUGAGGUUUUUGAAGACGCCUACGUAGACACAGCAACAAUGUCUCAGAACAAGAGCCAAUCUGGUCACAGUCGCCUCAGAACUGUUGCCAGGACUGGAGGGAUUCUCAAUUUGAACACCAGCUUGAACUCUACAUUGAAUUCAAGUGAUGGUUCACAGGCAUGGAAUGAGAUGAAAAGAUCAAAUUCUCAGUCUGCUAAAACGAGGAGAACUCCCAGGGCCACUGAGCUCUCUUUAGGAGGCAACUCAAUUGCCAGUUUUAGUGCCUUCCAAGAGGAAGAAGACAGAGGUAAAGUUACAGAAGAAGACCCAGAAAUUCAUCUUCACUCCAUGCUCAGGGGCCCCUUGAAAGAAUGCAGUCGGCAACGCUUGAGAGCUGUUCAGAUGAGUUUACGUAAAUAUGGGUCCAAUGUUGAGUCGAGGGUAACAAGCAAGGAACUCUUUCAGGUGCUUCAGGAAAACAACUUGAAAAUUCCCAACAGAGUUUUCCAGAUGCUAGUGGAAAGAUUCACAGACCAAAAAGGAAUAGAUUUUGAAAAACUCUACAAAUGUCUUGUAACAGCACAGUCAAAGACAGGCAGGGACAGUGUUAUUGCCAUAAAUACUCGGAAUGACUUGGAUGUGGACAAGUGCCAGUCCCAAUUAACACAGGAAGAGAAAGACGCUGAUCUCCUGAGAAGACUGGAGGAACAGAUGGAGCGUGGAGGGGAAUAUUUCGAUGCGGAGGAAUUGAAGCAGUCUUUUCAAACCCAAGAUUCUAACAGAACAGGGAAAAUAGCGAAGAAACAGAUGUUGGAGAUUUGCCUGAACCACCAAAUCCCAAUCUAUGGAGCUCUCUUAAAUGGCAUCAUGAACAGGUGUGAUGACGAAAAGAAUGAAAUGAUAAGCUGGCCUGAAAUGAUUAGUUUUCUGGAAAGAUCCUGGCAGAAUUUGGUGGAGAAGAAGCCACAGGUUUUGAAACGACCACAAACUAGUUUGUCUCAAUCCAUGAGCAGUAUGAGUCAUACUGUUUCUUUUACCAUGGGAGAGGAUGCACUUAAUUCUUCUGCAAAUGAGGUCCAAACACCAGUGAAUGCCCAACCACCACCAGCGCUCCCUGUAAUUCCAGAGCAAGCUCCACCACCCCCUGCUGCACCCCCUCCACCCCCUCUCACCUCCACGCCUAGACCUAGUGCACUCCCAACCCACACCCUAGCCAUGUUACCUGAGCAUGCUGAGUCUUCCCCUGCAGAGGCUGUGUCGUCCCCUGAGAACACCUUGCCUAUCAGUCAUCACUCCCAGGCCUCAAUGGACUUCAACACAUCACAGACAUCUCAACAGAUGCAAUCUCAACUGAACAUGAGUGGCAAUUCUUCUGCUGGAGACACCUCAUCUCAAGUGUCUCAACAAACACAAUCACAACCAAAAACAAUCGAGGCUCAACCUGCUGUUGACCCUAAAUCUGAAAAUGUUUCUCAAGUCAGUACAAAAGCAGAUCCUCUUCCACACAGACAAAACAAUGAAUCCACGGAAAAAAGAGGACCAUCAUUUGAGGUUAUUCCAGAUAUUAAUGAAAUUUGUAAAUGGUUUGAAUCAGAAACAAAAGCUAAUAAUCAAUCCAUAAAAACGCCUCAGAAAAAGGAGGCACACGCGCAAGCACAAAAUGAACAAGAAACUGCUAAAAAAUUGAUGUCUGUCAGGUCAGAUGAUGCAUCAGGCAAAGAGAAUACUCAAUCUGACUAUUGUACAGUUGUUGAUCUAUCAGACAAAAAUCAAUUAAAUGCCAGUGAAUCCAUAAAAGUCAAUGAUUCAAAAUCUCGGUCUAACUCAGCUCAGUUACCUAAAAAACAAGCAUUUACAGAGGCAGAGCAAGACAAAGCCAAAGAUACUCCUAACAGAAAGAAAAGUCUACCAGCAUAUACUGCAUCCACAUCCAAAUCUUCAUCAUCUAAAAACUCUAAGCGACCAAAGUCUAGCACUAACAGACGGACAGAGAGACGUGGAAGUGAUGACUUUACUGCUCCUACGCUCUCAUCUAAAAAUAAAUCCAUUCGAAAAAUUCACUCUGCCUCCACUCAUUCCUCACAGCCUAACCUGAAGGAGACCCCAACCAGCAGGGAAACGACCUCUGCCAAGAAAGAAGGAAGAAACUCAAGUGGCAAUUUGGGUAAACAAAAACCAUUCAGGAGCAGUCUUAGGAGCCAGCAAAGUAAAGAGUUUAAAAAGACAACAGCUCCAGUUCAGACAGCAUCUGGGUUCUUAUCAUCUGUGAAAAACAAACUUACAGGCCGGAACUCCCAGAUUGGUAUGGGCGAGGAGAUACAGUCUGACAGGCCCGUCACCUCUCACACAAUUCAUGAGGAAGAACAAGGGUGCAAUGAAGAUGGCCAAAAUGCAGCAACUUCAACUGACCUCCAUGCAGAAGUAAGCUCCCCUCCUCCACCCCCAGUACAAGCUGAGGACAAUACUGAAAUUGUGAUGAAUAUCAAGGGAAAAGAUACAAAGUUAUACAUCCCAGAUGUUUACCUGGGGAAACAACAUGCUAUUGAUCCACCAAAAGAAAGACUCAAAUUGGAGUGGGUAUAUGGAUACCGAGGCAAUGAUUGCCGUAGUAACAUCCACAUUACAAGUGCAGGGGAGAUCUUGUACUUUGUGGGCCCUAUAUCUGUACUGUAUAACAAUGAGUCACAUUCACAGAGACACUACAGAGAGCAUACAGAGGACAUCAAAUGCAUGGCAUUACACUCUAAUGGUGUUACCGUGGCAACUGGACAGGAGUCCUCCAAGCAGGAAAACAAUGCUCAUAUCAGAAUCUGGCGUUGUGACACUUUGCAAACUCUCCAUGUUUGUGGCAUGGGUUUUUUUGAGAAAUCUGUGGUGUGCAUGGCAUUUACCAGGAUCAAGAAAUCACAUGGAGAUUCAAUGGAUUCUAACUCUCAGUUUAAAAUUCAGGACCGUCUGGUGGCAGUAGAUGACAGCGCUGAGCAUGUCAUGAGCAUUUGGGACGUCAGCCUCGGGAAACGCCUGGCCCACGUUUUGAUAGGAGUGGAUGUUAUUUGCGAUGUUGGGUUCAACCCCAGAGAUCCUGCAAUCCUAGUCACCAUUGGAAGAGAACACAUUGCGUGGUGGAAAGCAUAUGUGGAGGGAGGCAUGAUAGAGAUGAAUGGAAAUCCCAAUUAUGAGAAACACAAUAAAGCCAGGUUCAUCAUCUGUAUGAUGCACAAUGACAAGGGGGACCUUGUCACUGGAGAUUCAAAUGGUACUAUAUACGUUUGGGGAUAUGGUGGCAAUGUUAUCACAAACUAUAUCAAACAUGCACAUGAGGGUCCAGUGUUUUCCCUUCUAUCAUUGAGAGGGACGUUACUGUCAGGAGGCAGAGAUGGCAAACUGUGUGCUUGGGCAUGGAAUAAAAAUAUGGAUACUGCUGGUGAAAUGAAGUUGCCUAGAACAGAGGGUGGGUUGAGGAUGAUCCAGGUCUGUGGGGACAGACUGCUGUGUGGAACCACCAUGAAUGCCAUAGUCUCUGCCAAGAUGGCUUCCCAGGGCCCUCCUCUCAGUGAUCUCACUCCAGAACCAAUUCCUUUAACACAGGGACAUUUUGAUGAUCUAAGGGGUCUUUCAGUUGUUCAUAACUCAGAACACAGUGGCUGGUUUCUGACAGCAGGUUAUGAUGGUAUACUCUGUCUGUUUGAUGCACAGACAAGACGGGGCCUGUGGAAGGCUUACCUCAAGAACACCCAUGUGACAUGUGUAGAUGUAAGUCACUCAGGAAAUCUACUAACCUUGGGAACCAAGGAUGGAGGUGUAAUCCUCUUGGAAUUUUCAUCUUCAAUGAAUCUCAAUGAACAACACAGGAUAAAAUUGAACAAACACAGGAUUGACAAGAUAGCUUUUGCCCCUGAUUGCUCUAUGAUAGCUGUGGCCAGUCACAACAGCCCUCUUCAUCUUAUCCAGGUGGAUGUUAAUGAGAUGAUGAACAGGCAACUAGAAGUAGUUGGGGAAUUCAAAGGCCACAUGUCUAGUAUAACGGGCCUUGACUGGUCAGUGGAGAAAGUUGAAGGUAGCUGGAUUCUACGAAGUAGCUGUUGUGACCACACUGCAAAGUUCUGGGAUACCAACCUCUUACAAGAAAUAACAGAAAUCAAAACACUAAGGAAUGUGGACUGGGGAUCCAUGCAGUGCACUCUAGACUACACUGUAGCAGGUGUGUGGAAAAGCAAACAAGCCCAAGAGGCAGACAUAAUGAGCUUGGAUGUGAAUGCUGCUACUAAUAUACUGGUCAUGGGAGAUGGAAGUGGGAGACUAAGCUUAUUCAGACAUCCCUGCAGUCAAGACGGGGGUUUCAGCCACACCUAUCGUGCCCACCGCUGUGUGUAUGGCGUGAAGUUUACUGCUGACAACAGUCAUGUAAUCAGUGUAGGCGGCAGAGAUACAUGUGUCCUGCAGUGGAAGAUUAUCUGAUCUAACAAAAGUAUAUUUUGCAACUUACAUAUGGAGUUAAGUUCACGAUGGACAACAACCAACUGAUCAGCAUUGGCAAGGGAAAUAUUCAAGUGAAGUACAGUGGAAUACAGGCCCGUAGCCAGGGGGGUUCAAAAGAACCACCCUUUCUGCUGGGAAAAGGUCCACUGCGGGUAACUUUUUCUAGAAAAGAAACCCCCUUUUGAAAUUGCUGGCUAUGGUCCUGGAAUAUAUUAUCUGCAUCGCAAUGAUUUGCGAGAUUGGCAAAUGAAUAGCCUGGCUAUUAUUUAAGAGGGUUAUCUAAUGGAGGGGCUGCUCUCAACAUAACCAGUUAACCUGACUUAUAUUAAUUGGGCCACACAGAUCAAAGAGAACCUCUGAAAGGGAGCAAAAACCAUGGUAGCGUAAUUAACAGUUAGAACCAGUGAAAACAUUGCGAUACAGAUUAAGUGUACCAUGUGAUGUGGAAAGGGCCUUACAGUGGUACAAUACAUUAUUGAAUAUUUAUGGAAGAGUCAUUAAAAAAAAAUUUUACUUUGAACAAUUAGACUUUCUAGAUUCAGUUGUUGACAUAUUUAAAACAGCUGUAAUUAGAGUUCUCUUUACACCAGUAUUAAUUGUUUCAUAUUACUCUAACUUUUAAUAGAAAUGUAUUUAUGUUGUGCAAUAUUUUCUCAAGUUUCAGAUUUGUAUGUAAAUUUACCUUUAUGAUCUUUUAAACUGUGUAGAUUAUAGAUAGCAUUUACAAAAAAAUCAUCAAAGACUUUUGUUAAAAACAUAAUUAUUUCUACUUUAUUAUUCACAACAACUUUACAAACGGUACAAUACAUUCAUAGACACACAUGUACUGGGCAAUUUCUUCAAUGUUUAUAUAUAUAUUAAGAUGAGAUAUACAAUAUUUUCUUCUGCCAUUUUAAAUUACUGUUUUGAUAUAUAAAUAAAACAUUAAAUGUACACCAAAAGUAGAAUUCAAGUACAAAAUCAUUGCUAAGGGAAUCUUUGUCAUUUCAAUAACAGAUCAAGUCAGUGUGAA